AUGGUUCAAAUUGUGCUUUAUGAAAAGACACGUGAUGAAAUUCGCGAAGAUAGGAAGGAGUUUAAUUUAAUUGUGAGGCGUUGUAACGAAUUAGGAUUUGAAUAUGUUCUCAAGCCACAGGAAUUCACAUCGCGUGGUUUGUGUUUCGGUUCAAAACUUCCAAGAGAGGUUUUAGCACAGAAAGGACCAACAUUAAAUUCGUUCAUGAGAGCUUUUACUCCCGAAUCCAAUUCAAAAGUUGGUCCAGGAAGUUAUUCUUUGCGAAAACCUUCGCCGCACGUGCCAAAUAUUUAUGGAUUGGUAUCGAAAUCGUUGAGAUUCACGCCCGUUAUUGCAGAUGACAUCAAGAAAAAGUUCAUUCAUGCGGAUUUCUAUGAAGUUAGAGACAUUGGCAAGAAACGCAUCAAAAGGGAUUACAAGCCGUUCGGAUCUGGAUGUGAAUUGAGAGAAAAGGAAAGCUUCAAACAAAUUCCUGCUGUUGGUACUUACAAUGUUCCCCCAAAACCGAAGAAAAUGUUUUAUCAUUAUUCGUUUGGAGGCAAAAUUAUUCCCAUUUGUCCUGUGAAAAUGAUUUGUCAACCUCAACAUUUGGAUAAAUGCAGCAUUUGUGAGAUUUCUCCUGAAAAGGACUAUUUCAAGCAUGUCACAGACGAAAAAUGUCUUUGUCUAAAGUGUAUGGUUGCUGAAAGAGAUAAAGCUAAAUACAAGUCAAAAUCAAAGUCGGAAAAGUUAAGGAGACUUAAGGAGCUUGAAAGUCAAUUUCAGCUUACCCGUUAUUGCGGAUUUUAUCAUCAACAUGAAAACACAACUGCCAAAAUUCGUUUGCUUGAGCCACGUGACUUGAAACUCAAACUGAAACGUGAACAUUAUUUGAGUCAAUUCAUCAAUUAAAAACGGAUUUUUUUGUAAAUCACACCAAAAAAACGACAAUCAGCCACUAAAUUUAUUAUUUUUA